GGAUAGGGGAUCGGAACUGUAGCGUGUUCAGUCAGCUUUCUCUGGAGACUCUGCUUCGUUUGACAUAUCACGUUUUGAAAACAUGAGUCUCUCUCCGUCCCAGGAAGAAGCUGCCUCUUCCUCUCCUGAGAGUCCCAGAGAAGGUGACUUCUCCUCUCGACAGCUUUAUGACAACUCGGAGAGCCUGGAGGAGCAUGAGACAUGUGACGACAAGAGAGGCCCCAUUGUUAAUAACGUACCCGACAACUACUCCAGCUCCCCUUCCGAAGCUCAGAUCUGUGCUUCGCCGGUGACAAAUGACCUUGAGAAUGUACGUGCUGGCAUUUCUUCCAAGGAGCAGAUUGAAGAAAGCCACUCGAGUAAACCAGAAGAUUCAAGUUCACCGUUGUUAGAAGAGAAACUCAGCCCAGACUCACCGCAUUUCAUGGAGGUCUGCUCACUGGAUGGAAGAUUUAUUACGCUGGUGAGCACUGAAACGCAGACAGAUUGGGAGAAGGUGGAGGAGUGCUUCUCUUGCAGCUGUCAAGUUCAAAAGAAACCGGAGACUCUCCAGAUGUGGCAAGAGGAAGUGUACAGGGACUCUGUCGUGGUGUAUUUGGAGGAUGCAGGAGAGGAGGCGUACGAGGGUCUUCAUCUGGGACUCCCUCGUGUCAUAGCAUGCAGGCGAGAGCCAAAAUUYGCUCCUCGUGUUUUCCAGGUGGAGCUUCCAAGAAUUAAGUUUAGGAGGAAGAAAAUUCUUUCUAAAAAAACUCCCACCAAAACUCUGUGUGAGUUCUGUCAGCAGAAUCAGCGUUAUCGGCGUUCACUGUCCAUUUCAUUCAUCACAUCAGAGAAAGAGGAGGCCCUCUUAGACAGAGACAUCUAUUAUGAGGAAGCUAAAGAAUUUGAAGAAAUCUUGGAAAAGGAAAAGGAGAGACUGGAGCGGAAAUACACUGGUAUGUCGGUUGAGAUGGAUGAAUCUAUGUCUAUGAACAGACAGGAGUGGGAGACUGAAGACGAAGCACAUAGAGGAAUGAUGAAACGUUUGCAUCACCAGAGAAAAAGACGAUUUGAGGCCACAGGCUCGUUUACAAUGGCAAAGGAUGCAAGAUAUGACAUUCUAAGUUCUCCAGAGAAAGCGAUUGCAACUAGCAUUCUAGUGUCAAGGUUGCAAGAAGAGCUAACUGAGGAACCAAGGACAACCAGCGUAAUACAGAAAUUCUACAAAGAUGGGCGUAUUUUCCUGAUCAAGUAUGUCGAUGAAUCAGGUGGUGUUUAUUAUCCUUCUGGGAAUCCAGCCAUCGUAAUAAUCCCAGCAGAAUAUCCUCACUUCACUUACGUAAUCCUUGAGGACAAGGACACGAAGCCCAGAAUGAUAGGCAUUUUCACACCUAAAGGCUGCGCUACGUGCUACYAUUCCAAUGGAUUGAUGUGGUUGAACAUAACCUCUAGUGGAGGUGUCUGCUUCGGGGAGACGGGCGAGUUGAGGAGGCGUUGGAACUGGCUGUAUUUUGACCCACAUGUGCACAACCUUCCAUUCAAGCCCCUCAUCUUCGCCAUGGGGCCAUGCAUCUCUAUCCACAUACAUUCACAAGAGUGUGUGUAUGUGAACUUCAUGUACAAGGAAAACCAUGUGCGUUUCAGCGUUGGCUCGAAGCUCGAGAUCACUUGCCCAGAAAGCCAUGCACAGCUAGGCCAAAGCAUUUUGGAGAGAGAAAUCAAAAUUCAGAAGACAAAGAUUUUCUGUCUGCUUGACCAGAUGGAAACCUGCAUGUCCCACCCAUUGGCAAACAUGCAGAACAUAAAGCCACAUUUCCGUUUCAUCGCCCGGCUGGAAAAGCUUACCAAGCAAGUGGAAAAAAAGAAGUCACUUCAAAACACACAGCCCGCUGCAAAUUAAAGGAGCAAUACUAAA